CUCGUAUAGUUCUAGUUUUGCUGUUGCUCGGUGGGGUGGACUUAUUUUUCACUCAAAUGACAGUCGACGCAAGUAAAUGCAAGACAUUCCACCGAAAUGGAAGAAAGCUUGGUAUUGUCUGCCAUGAUUCCCGCCUUGCGGGAAUUGAAAAGUUCCCGUUCUACGCUGUACGAGGAAAUUGUACAGAGACCGCGAAAAAUACUCUGUCAGAUUAUCGAGAAGAUACUGAGGGAUGUGGAUGUUGUUGCCUUGGAAUUAUGCACUACUACAAGUCCUCAGCCAGCUUGCGUGAUGCUUCUUGAUUUUGUUCAGCACUUGAUAAAAUCGUCACCCAUACUGUUUUUGAGACCAGCGAAAGAACACAGAGACUUCGAUGAAGGAAGCACAGACUUCAGCAAGUGGAUCAUUGGCUGCCUCCUGCAAAUUAUUGCGUCUCCAGCGUGUCAUCCUCUGCACGAAAAGACCAAUGCUGUCAUCUGCUCUUUGCUACACAUGUUUAGAGCCAAAGGGUCAGUGAUAUUCGGUGUGUUGGCCAGAUGCCUCGUAAAUCUCUUGCAAGAUCUGGCGUCCGUCUCUGCCGUGAAGGCUGAUCAUCAAUCGAGCCAGAGCUCAAUAGAGUGGCCUGUGGUGAUGAAUCAGUUCUUGGUCGUUGGUUCGUCUAAAACUGCCUACCUCACACCCAGCUCUCUCCAGCUGUUUCCAGGUGCCUUGGAAAUGUUUGAAAUGGCUGUCAUUAGUUUGGUGACCGACAUAAUGCAUGGGAUUGACUUCCCCAGGGAAGUAGGAAUCAUCUGGGAAAGUGCUUGUGUCUUUCUUGGCUGUGGGAGCUCUAACGUGAAGGCUGUUACUCUGACACUGAUGACCGACUUGGUGGCUUUAGGAAGAUUCCCGGGAAGACACUCUCAGGAUUUUUUCGCGGCCUUCCUACACGUGGUGGAUGGUCUUCUGGCACUUCAACAGCCCAACCCAAGGUUUUUGCUGGAGUUGAACAGACUCUGCCAAACCCUUUUUACCUUCGAGGAGGGAGCCCACCUCAAGUUUGAGCGGGUCCACCUGAACAUGUUGUUUGAAAUGCUUCACCAUUUGGCAGCAUGUGAGGAACUGCAACAUCUCGUGGCAUCACAAGGAAUGACAUUUCUUGGCCACAUCUUCAAGUUUCUGCUCAAGUCUGUGCCAAUGGGCUUUGAGUCUGAUGAGACACUGCGCAAGGACAGAGUGAAUGUCAUCUGCAAGGCCAUGAUCAAGACCAUUGGCACUCAAUCACAGAUGGAGACUGUGGAAGGUUGCCUGUGGGCUGCUCUGGAAGCAGAAACGAGAAUAUUUUUACAGAGUGGAACUUUGACAGACGUUGCUGAAUCCAGUGCUUGCAUCAAUGAGAUGAAGAGAAGUUGUUUGCCUUCAACAUUCAAAUAUGGGACCAAACCACAACCAGGCUUGAUUGAGAUGUCUAAAAUAAGCCUGAUUUGGGCAGCUGUGGAGGAGAAGCUGAACACUUUGACAGCUGAACUGAACGACUGCCCAAAUUCCUACACCCUUUGCCGUCUUGAGGGGAUCGCUGUUAUUCUUCGUCUUGCUGGACUCUGUUCAAAGAUCAGUUUCUUAGGAACAUACAGGAAAGCUGCAAAGUGUUCUGAGGAGCAAAUAAACAAUUCAGAUUUUGAUCUGGCCAAUAAGCUAGUGUGGUUGUGUGAGAAAACACUUGAACAAGUCUUGGACGCCUGUUACAAGCUGUUGCUUAAAUGUCAAGCAGAAGAAGACCUCAUCUCAUGGAUGGACUGUAUUAUCAGAAGUGUGGAUGCCGUGCUGUUCAUUAUCAUCCACAACAGGGAAGGAGCCAAUGUCCAUCGGCUGUGUUGUGCCUUGUUGUCUAUUCCUUGGAUCCAGAAACACAAUACUCUCUCUGCCUAUCAGGCUGCUGAUUUCCCAGCCAAUAUUAUAACUCUCUCCCAGAACGUGGGCCCAUUCUACACUGGUGAAAUGCGAGCCCGCUGUGUGUUCCUCAUGUCACUACUUCCUAAGAACAUAUGUCCAGAAUGGCGACUGGCUGUAUACCGGUGGGCACUCGACAGUGGUAAUGAAGAGGAGAGAGCCGAAGCUGUGCAUGCCUUCCCCAUGCUGUUGCACAACCUUGGUGUUAAGUCAUCCCGCCUCAUUGAUGACAUUUUGUUGAGUAGGUUGAAGGACUGGUCACCCUUGGUGAAGGCCCAGUUUGCCAGUAUCUCAGGGCAUCUCCUAUGCUGUUUGUCUCAAAACUCCAAAAUCCAACUUCAAGAGGAAUCGUUGCUUCCUUCCAAAUAUCUCUGUUCCAGCUUUUCAUUGGGUGACAGCCAUCCUGGUGGGGCCACCACUGUGGGUGUUUCUAUCCUCAUGCCUCUCCUAACUCUGCUCAAGCCUCAGGGUGAUAGCACAGUCAAACAAGCUUUUAUCAGCAACAUUUCCCAUCUGUGUAAACACGUGGACUUCAACAACAGUGAACCUGAAACCAAAUCCUUGGUUACUACUUUAAUGGACUUCAUAGAAGACCCAGAUCAUGAGGUGCGCUUGGCCUUCUGCAUGAACCUCAAGAACCUGCUGGAACUACAGGAUGGUGGUGACUUCCUGAAGGACGUUCUUGCUAGUCGAUUGAAAGAGGUCUACAACAAUGCCAAAAUAAGAAGAAACAGCGCCCUGAAGAGCACACUCAUUUUUGCUACUGGAGAACUUGGGAGGGCUGCAGAGGGGUCCCUUGUCUCUUUUGCGCUUCUGCACCUCUUGAAUUUCUUGCUCUCUAAGACAAUUCAAGUGUCAAUGCUGGCUUACACAGAGAUCCAAACCCUGGCCAUGUCAAAGGGUUUGGAACUGAAGUUGUUUUUCAACCAGUAUCGGAAUCCAAUUUGUCAAUUCCUGGUGGAAUCCAUUCACUCGCGGCAUCUUACAGCGUUACGUUCAACCCCAGACCAGAGCAGUGAGGCUCUUCGUAAAGAGGCGGCACAGCAGAGGGAAGCCGCCUUGGAUGUCCUCUUUCACGUGGCACAAGUUUUUGAUUUUCCUCAUCUGAAACACUUCCUCAAUGGCACUCUGCAAGUUCUUCUUCCGUAUUUAGCAGCCAAGGCCAGCCCCACAGCAUCCGCUCUUAUACGGGCAAUUGCCAAACAACUCAACAGCAAUCGAAAAGAAAUCCUCAUCAGCAAUUUCAAGUACAUCUUUUCACACCUUGUGUGCUCCUGUACGAAGGAGGAGCUGGAAAGAUCUUUUCACUACCUUCAGACUGAGACAGAACUGGAGUUGGGUAGUCUUCUGCGACAAGACUUCCAGGGGCUUCACAAUGAACUGCUUCUCCGUCUGGGCGAACACUACCAGCAGGUUUUCAACGGCAUUGUCAUCUUGUCGUCUUUUGCAUCGAUGCAUGAUCCUACUCAGAACCAACGCGAGAUCACCACUACAGAGCACAUGGGUGAUUAUCUGCAGCCCAAAUUGUUGGGGAUCUUGGCUUUCUUCAACAUGCAGCUGAUGAGUUCCAGUACAGGAGAAAAAGACAGAAAGAAAAUGACCUUAAGCAGUCUAAUUGCUCUCAUGAAACUGAUGGGAUCCAAACACAUUAGUUCUGUGAGAGUUAAGAUGAUGACAACACUCCGGACUGGACUGAGGUACAAGGAGGAUUACCCAGAGCUUUGUUGCCAGACCUGGGAUUGCUUUGUGCGCUGCUUGGAUCCACCCUACCUUGGGCCUCUCCUCAGUCAUAUCAUCGUGGCCCUCCUGCCUCUCAUCUCCAUUGAACCCAGAGCAACAGCCUCCAUCAUUCGCUAUCUUAUCCUGGAGAACAGAGAAGAAGUUCAGGACUUUCUUCAUGAAGUGUACUUCUUGCCUGAUCACCUGGAGCUGAGGGAUGUUCAAAAUAUCCUUCAGGAAUGCCGAGAGAAAUGCUCAAAGACCUCCGACCUGCAGUCCUCUCUCCAGUUGUCCAUGCGAGCUAUACAGCACGAGAAUGGAGCUGUCCGCACUCAUGCCCUCACCAGCCUCAAGGAGUUGCUCUUCAAGAACCAAGAAUAUCUUCUGAAGUAUGUGUUGGACAGUGAGAUGGUGGAACCAGUCAUAUCCCAGUUAGUUACAGUGUUGCUAAGAGGCUGCCAGGAUAUUAACCCAGAGAUUCGAUUACUUUGUGGAGAAUGCCUUGGAGAACUGGGUGCAAUCGAUCCUGGUCGGCUGGACCUGUCAACUACAGACGUGCAGGGCAAGAGUUCAACAUUUGUGAGUGGGCUGGAUGAUCCAAACUUUGCCUUUGAACUUCUCAUGGAAGUAACCAGAACAUUCUUAGCCUCCGCAGAUGAUGUUCAGGCCCAGGAUGCGGCUGCCUAUGCCAUGCAGGAGCUUCUUGCUAUUUUUGAUUGUCGGGAAAGCCAUCGAGAUAGCCCGGGUCGAAGGUUAUGGCGAAGGUUCCCAGAGCACGUUCAGGACAUCCUUGAACCACAUCUAAACAGCAAGUAUAAAAGUUCCCAAAAGGUUGUUGACUGGUCAAAACUGAAGAAACCCAUUUACCUCAGCAACUCUGGAAGCAAUUUCUCGGACUGGUCUUCAACGUGGGCUGGCUAUCUCAUCAGCAAAGUGCGACACGAGUCAGCCAGCAAAGUAUUCAACUCUUGCAGAUUCAUCAUUAAGCAUGAUUACAAAGUCACCAUUCAUCUCCUUCCACACAUCUUGGUCUACAUGCUUCUGGGUUGCACUAUGGAUGAAAAGCAGGAGGUGACAGAAGAGAUUAUGGCGGUCCUAAAACAAGACGACCAGCUCUCAGUUCGCUCGCAAGAAACUGCAUCAAGUCUAAGCCAGCUGAGCACUCAGACAGUUUUCUCUGUCCUGGACCAUUUGACCCUAUGGAGCCGACAUGUCUUCCAGAGCUUAAGAAAAAAGGAGACCAGUGCCCAAUCUAGCUGUCAAGGAAAUGGUGACUAUCAGAAAGUAACAUGCUUUCUCGGGGACAUUCCCCAGGACCUUCUGGCUAAAGCUUCCUUUCGCUCCAAAGCAUACACACGUGCAGUGAUGCACUUUGAGUCCUUCCUGGUUCAAAGCAAAGAAAAUAUCCAGGAUCAUCUGACAUUCUUACAGACAUUGUAUGCUGCAAUGCAUGAGCCAGAUGGUGUGCGAGGAGUGAAUGCUUUGCGAAGAGAUGAGCCCACUCUGAGAGAGCAGAUCUUAGAGCAUGAGAGUAUUGGCUUACUCCGUGAGUCUACUGCUUGUUAUGACCGAGCGAUUCAGCUUGAAUCAGACCAGAUUGGCCAUUACCAUGGCGUCAUGACUUCUUUGCUGGGCCUCGGACAGUUGUCAUCUGUUAUCACACAAGUGAAUGGAGUGCUGGCAAGCAGGCCGCAGUGGAAAAGUGACUUGAACACAUACAGAGUGGAGGCGGCAUGGAAACUCUCCAAGUGGAAUCUUGUGGAGGAUUAUUUGGCUUCAGAUCAAAAGUCCAGUACUUGGGCAGUUCAACUCGGUCAGAUGUUAUUUGCGGCUAAGCAACAUGACUCUGGGAUGUUUUAUGAGAAAUUAAAGAAAGCAAGGAAAGAUCAAGUUGUGCCAUUGUCUGCUGCCAGCUUUGAGUGUGGGACCUACCAGAGAGGUUAUGAAUACAUCGUCAGGCUGCAUAUGCUAUGUGAACUAGAACAUGCCUUCAGAAACCUGUUACAGCUAACACCCGGAGAAACGGCAGCAUUGAGAGGAAGCAAAGAAGAGCAGAAGCAAAACUGGACCGCUCGGUUACUGAUGACCCAGAACUCCUUCAGGGCCAAAGAACCUGUCCUUGCUCUUCGGCGGGCUAUUCUUAGUCAGUGUCAAGACAGGCCCAGCUAUGAGGAAGAGAUCGGAGAGUGCUGGCUAAAGAGUGCAAUAGCGGCAAGGAAGGCUGGACACCAUCAGACGGCCUUCAAUGCACUUCUUAAUACGGAGAAUUCACACCUGUCUGAGCUGUUUGUGGAGAAGGCCAAGUGGUUGUGGUCCAAGGGAGAUGUACAUGAGGCUCUCAUCGUCCUACAGAAGGGAGUGCAGCAGCACUGCUUCUUGCCAAGUGACUAUCCAGUUUCUGACAGCAAGCUGAUUCAGACCAAGAGCAAAGCCAUGUUGUUGAUGGGCAGACUCAUGGAGGAGACGGCAAACUUUGAGAGCAAUGCCAUCAUGAAAACGUAUCGGGAUGUAACCACCUUGUUGCCUGAAUGGGAGGAUGGUAACUUUUAUCUGGCCAAGUACUAUGACAAAGUGACACCAAAAGUGACUGACAAUAAAUUGGAGAAACAAGGAAACCUGAUCCAUUAUAUCAUCAUGUAUUUUGGAAAAGCCUUGCAGUUCGGGAAUCAAUACAUCUACCAGGCCAUGCCAAGAAUGCUCUCUCUUUGGCUAGAUUAUGGUGCCAAAAUUCACGAAGUUGAAAAAGGUGGCCGUGCUGAGAAUUCCCAGAUGCGUGCUGAGCUGACCAAAAUCAACGCCACCAUGAGGGAACACAAUAUCAACCUGUCCCCCUAUCAGUUCCUCACGGCCUUCUCACAGCUAAUUUCACGCAUAUGCCACCCUAGCCAUGAUGUCUUUGCUGUGCUGCAGGAAAUUGUAGCCAAAGUUUUCUUGGCCUACCCACAACAAUCCAUGUGGAUGAUGACGGCUGUUUUGAAGUCGACAUACCCUACUCGGAUGAACAGGUGCAAAGAAAUACUGAGAAAAGCUGUCAAUCUUCAAAGUUCUUUGGAAAAGUUCAUAGCAGAUGCCACUAAGUUGACUGACAAACUAUUGGAACUCAGUAAUAAGCCAGUGGAUGGAAACUGUGCCAACCUCAGCAUGAAUGUGCAUUUCAAGAGCCUGAAGUUGCUGGUGAAGGAUCCCACGUUCAGCCAAGUUCUCAUCCCUCUCCAGUCUGUUCUCAUCCCCACGCUGCCAUCCACAGGUGGCGCUAGCCGCAACCAUGACGCUUUCCCAGGGCAUUGGGCCUACCUGGCAGGUUUUGACGAUAUGGUGGAAAUACUGGCAUCGCUGCAGAAACCUAAAAAAAUCUGUCUGAAAGGUUCUGAUGGAAAAUCCUACACCAUGAUGUGCAAACCAAAGGAUGAUUUGAGGAAGGAUUGCAGGCUAAUGGAGGUCAACUGUCUGAUAAACAAGUGUUUGCGGAAAGAUGCAGAGUCGAGAAGGCGGGACUUGCGCAUUCGAACAUAUGCAGUUAUUCCAUUGAGUGAGGAAUGUGGCCUCAUCGAGUGGGUGAACAACACAGCAGGUCUGCGACACAUCCUGAUGGAGCUCUACAAAGAAAGAGGUCUUUUUGUGACUGGGAAACAGAUGCGAAAGUAUAUCUUACCCAAGACGGCACCCUUUCAAGAAAAGUACAAGAUGUUCAAGGAAGUUCUGUGUGCCUCCCAUCCUCCGGUCUUCCACGAGUGGUUUUUGAGAACAUUUCCUGAUCCAACCUCCUGGUACAACAGCAGAUCUGCGUACUGCCGCUCUGUGGCAGUGAUGUCGAUGGUGGGCUACAUUCUUGGGCUGGGAGACCGUCAUGGAGAGAAUAUACUUUUUGACUCUCUGACUGGCGAAUGUGUCCAUGUGGAUUUCAACUGCCUUUUCAAUAAGGGAGAAAGCUUUGAUGUUCCAGAGGUAGUCCCUUUCCGGCUCACUCAGAACAUGGUCCAUGCAAUGGGACCCAUGGGGGUUGAAGGACUCUUUAGACAAGCUUGUGAAGUCACACUUCGCCUGGUGAGAGAUCAGCGGGAAUCAUUAAUGAGUGUCCUGAAGACAUUCCUUCAUGACCCUUUGGUGGAGUGGAGCAAGCCAGCAAAGGGCCUGGCCAAGAUCCAGGUCAACGAAUCAGGAGAGAUACUUAAUGAAAAGGCCAAGACCCAUGUGUUAGACAUUGAACAGAGACUUCAAGGAGUGAUCAAGAACCGCAACAAAGUCAUGGGUUUACCCCUCUCUAUUGAAGGACACGUCCACUACCUCAUUCAAGAAGCGACAGAUGAGAAUCGCCUUUGUCAAAUGUAUCUUGGCUGGGGACCUUACCUUUGAAUAAUUUUGUUAGAGUUAGAAUAUUUGAAUUUGUGUUCACAGGUCCGAUAUGUGUUCUUACGUUUUAGUAAACGAAUAUUACGUCAAUGAAA